GGCCUCUCACACAGACCCCAGCCAGGCUCUGAGGGUUGCCUGCUUGCUCUGUGAUGCCGGAAAGUCGCUCAGCUGAGCCAGUGAUGGUGUGAGAGAGACCCGAGAAGCCCAUCCUGUGCUCUUGCAAUUUGGGGGUGGGGGUGUUGCAACCGUCAUUUCCCUCUCCACGCCCCCGCCCUUCUACCUCUUCCUCAUCCACCUUAUCUUCAUCAUCUUCACUCUUCCUCCCUUCCCCCUCCCAAUUACUCCGCACACGACUGAUAAGCGGGGCUGGCAGAAUUAGCACCAUUGGCACCCUCCCCCCCCCACUUCUAAACGCACUUCGCCGUUGGCAGCGGCAAAAGAGAAUCUCGGCUUUCCAGCAAGUUGGAUUGACAUGCCAAAGAGGUUCCCACCCACCCCCCGCCGCCGCCUCCCUCCUGUCCUGAACGACUGAGCACGAAAUGCAAAGAGAUCGCUUUAAAGAACCGGAAGGAUCUGUAACUGGAGAGUAAGGAGGACCCCCCCGCGCGCGCAGCAAAGAAUCAGAAAGAAACUGCAAAUGCCCCUCAACACCCCACCCAUCAAGCUAUCAUGUGGCCCUCUGGAAUAGCAUUCCAUGUGGAGCAAAGGGCCACUGUUGCUGGAAAGAAGUACCAUUCCCCCUGAGCACAUGUGGAAGUGCUUUCUCCCUGCACAUUGGGAGAUUUGGAUCCAAUCCUAUACAGACUUCCCUGAGAAUUCUUAACCUGGAAAGAAGACAGUUGCCUCUGCACAGUGGAAGUUAAAUCUUGUGUAUGGCGUGGUUACGGUUGCAACCUGUCAGCUCAGCCUUCCUCCGCUUUGGGCUUGUUAUUUUUGUGCUGUUUUUACAUGGUCUACAGGUGGACGCUGGAACAGGGACAGAUCCACCCAGCACAGGACAAAACCACACUUGUUCAGGUUCUUCAGAGUGCAAGGAGGGUGUCAUCUUGCCAAUAUGGUACCCAGAAAACCCAUCUCUGGGGGACAAAAUUGCCAGGGUUAUUGUUUACUUUGUAGCACUAAUCUAUAUGUUCCUUGGAGUCUCCAUCAUUGCCGAUCGUUUCAUGGCAUCCAUAGAGGUCAUUACUUCACAAGAGAAAGAGAUUACUAUCAGGAAGCCCAAUGGAGAAAUCACCACCACAACCAUCCGAGUAUGGAAUGAAACUGUUUCUAAUUUGACCCUCAUGGCUCUCGGUUCCUCUGCUCCUGAGAUCCUUCUGUCAUUGAUAGAGGUUUGUGGUCAUGGAUUUAUUGCUGGUGAUCUAGGGCCUUCUACCAUUGUUGGCAGUGCAGCUUUCAAUAUGUUUAUUAUCAUAGCCAUCUGUGUCUAUGUCAUUCCUGAUGGUGAGACUAGGAAGAUAAAACAUUUGAGGGUUUUCUUUGUCACAGCAGCAUGGAGCAUCUUUGCGUAUAUCUGGUUGUACAUGAUCCUUGCAGUCUUCUCUCCAGGUGUAGUCCAGGUAUGGGAAGGCCUGCUCACUCUGUUCUUCUUCCCUGUUUGUGUCAUUCUGGCUUGGAUAGCAGACAGAAGGCUGUUCAUCUAUAAGUAUAUGCACAAAAAGUACCGUACCGACAAGCACAGAGGUAUUAUCAUUGAGACUGAGGGUGAGCAUCCCAAAGGGAUUGAAAUGGAUGGUAAGAUGAUGAACUCCCACUUUCUAGAUGGAAACCUAGCACCUAUAGAGGGGAAAGAGGUGGAUGAGUCUCGCAAAGAGAUGAUCCGGAUCCUCAAGGAUCUGAAACAAAAGUACCCAGAAAAAGACUUAGACCAGCUGGUGGAGAUGGCCAAUUACUAUGCCUUAUCUCAUCAGCAAAAGAGCAGAGCAUUCUAUCGGAUUCAAGCUACCAGGAUGAUGACUGGAGCAGGAAAUAUUCUUAAAAAGCAUGCAGCUGAGCAAGCUAAAAGGAUUGCUAGCCUGCAUGAGGUGCGACCAGAGGAACCAGAGGACUUCAUCUCAAAAAUUUGUUUUGAUCCUUGCUCCUACCAAUGUCUAGAGAACUGUGGUGCUGUCCUCCUAACCAUCGUCCGGAAAGGAGGAGACAUGUCCAAGACCAUCUAUGUGGAUUAUAAAACAGAGGAUGGCUCUGCCAAUGCUGGGGCUGAUUAUGAGUUUACAGAAGGGACAGUUGUUUUGAAAUCAGGGGAGACCCAGAAAGAGUUCUCCAUAGGGAUCAUUGAUGAUGACAUCUUUGAGGAAGAUGAACAUUUCUUUGUGCGCCUCAGCAACCUGAGGGUGGUUGAGACAGAUAAAUCUCCUCCUGAGCUCAACAACUUGCCAUAUCCCAAGGCCAUACUAGCCUCUCCCUGCGUGGCGACUGUGACUAUCUUAGAUGAUGACCAUGCGGGUAUCUUCACCUUUGAGUGUGAUGUGAUACAUGUCAGUGAGAGCAUUGGGGUAAUGGAGGUGAAAGUUCUUAGGACAUCUGGUGCUCGAGGUACCGUCAUAGUCCCUUUCAGAACAGUAGAAGGAACAGCAAAAGGAGGUGGAGAGGACUUUGAAGAUGCUUAUGGAGAGUUGGAGUUCAAGAAUGAUGAAACUGUCAAAACUAUUCACAUCAAGGUAAUUGAUGAUGAGGAGUAUGAGAAAAACAAGAUUUUCUUCAUUGAGCUGAUGAGCCCACGCAUGGUGGAUAUGAGUUUACAGAAAGCACUCCUCUUGACUCAAGAGGUGGCGGAAAGGAAGCUGACAAUGGAAGAGGAGGAAGCCAAGCGUAUUGCAGAAAUGGGGAAGCCGAUGCUGGGCGAGCAUCCCAAGCUGGAGGUUGUCAUCGAAGAGUCCUAUGAAUUCAAGAGUACAGUGGACAAGCUCAUCAAGAAGACAAACCUGGCCUUGGUUGUAGGAACAAAUUCAUGGCGGGACCAGUUCAUGGAAGCCAUUACAGUCAGUGCAGCAGGCGAUGAAGAUGAGGAUGAGUCUGGUGAGGAGCGCCUGCCCUCCUGCUUUGACUAUGUCAUGCACUUCCUGACCGUCUUCUGGAAGGUGCUGUUUGCCUGCGUCCCACCCACCGAGUACUGCAACGGCUGGGCUUGCUUUGUCGUGUCCAUCCUGAUCAUUGGCAUGCUCACCGCCAUCAUUGGAGACUUAGCUUCUCAUUUUGGCUGCACUAUUGGUCUCAAGGAUUCAGUGACCGCUGUUGUCUUUGUGGCUUUUGGUACUUCAGUUCCAGACACUUUUGCCAGCAAAGCAGCCGCCAUCCAAGAUGUGUAUGCAGAUGCUUCCAUCGGCAAUGUCACGGGCAGCAAUGCUGUCAAUGUCUUCUUGGGCAUUGGACUGGCAUGGUCAGUGGCCGCCAUCUACUGGGCUUCCCAGGGAAAGGAGUUCCGUGUGACAGCAGGCACUCUCGCCUUCUCUGUAACGCUGUUCACCAUUUUUGCUUUCAUCUGUAUCAGCGUCCUGCUGUACCGAAGACGGCCUCAUCUUGGAGGGGAACUAGGAGGUCCUAAAGGGUGCAGACUUGCCACAACUUUGCUGUUUGUGAGCUUGUGGCUACUGUACAUUUUGUUUGCCACCCUGGAGGCCUACUGCUACAUCAAAGGGUUCUAAGCUAUGGAAAGAUGAUCAAGAUGGUAGGGAGGGCCUUCCCCCUCCUUUGUUACCUCAUUGGACACCCGUCCUCAAAGUGUUGUCAAACCAGGAGUGACAGCUAUCAAUCAAGAUUCCAUAAUGGCCCAGAUUGAAGGACAAAUGGGCUUUAAGAAGGGCAAAACUAUCAUCACAAAAGGGAAAAAAAACAAUUAAAACAGAGCCAACAUCAACCAAGCCACUGACCCCAUCCAGUCAAAUCAGAAAUGCCAGCAGCUUUUCAAAGUACGCAUUUUUUUUAAUGUUGCUGCUGAUCUCAACUUUGUUCCUUCCUCCGCCUUACAAAAUGUCAUGUAUUCGGAUGGAAAGCUUACAAAUAAUGUGGGUGAAUAUUUGGGUGUUUUUUUAAAAAAAAACUGGAGUGGCAAAUCUGUUUUCCUUCUUUAGCACUCAGAAACCUCACACCAGCAUUAGUGCUGGGGUUGAAAAUGCUACUUUUUAUAUAUAUAUAUAUAUAUACAUUGCAUAAACAAUGUCUAUGAAAAGACUCACUCUUCAUUUUCUUUUAGAGUUACAGUGCUAGACUGUGGCAUUUGAAAUGCAAACACAACACAAGACACACACAGACGCGUUCAGGAAAAAUACCAUUGAAGGCUGGAGCAUUCACCUGCCUGGGCUACCAAAAAAGAAAGACCUGUAACAAUCGUGUAUGUAACGUGUGUAUUUUGAAUAUGGCAAUUCUCUAUGUGUAAUUAACUAAAGCUUUUGGCACUGCAGAGAACAAAUAUAUAUAUAUAUAUAGUCAUUUAUGAAAGGUAAAUAAACCAACACAAGGGGGGGGGAAGCCUGCAGUGUGGAAAACAGCAGUACAGAAAAACCAGCACAAGUUUUUUCCCCAUUUUUGAGCCUGACAAGCUGUUUUGUUCAAUUUAUAGGAAACAUGAUUUUUUUUU